CAAUUUAACCCCGUACUCCAUCCUCCACGAAGCUUCCAAAACCGUGUACCAUGUACCACAAAGCUUCACCGUGAAAGAGCCAGCGUACAGCAAGCUCGUGAGGGCGAUGCGUUCCUCUAGUACCCAGGAUCUAAGUAAGUGGAAUCGAGGAAACGGAGAAAAACCAUGGAUCUACGUAUCACCUUUGUUCUGCUAACUCUCGUGUAUUCUGUUCGUGGCACCAGGCCAAGCAACAUCUGUCCCCAGUCCACGCCUUGUGUGUGUAAAAACGACGGACUUUUGGCGUCCGAGACAGAAGUGGAUUGCCAGUUGAGGAAACUGAACGGUGUACCAACAUUUGAAGGCAUCGGUAAAGCUCGGAAAAUCAAUUUGUCCAGGAACAAGCUCACAAAACUGGACGCAAACACCUUUGCGGGGAUAACCACUCCUCAAAUUGAUCUGUCCGGUAACAUGAUAUCCACGACGGACGAGUUAGCCUUUGCAGGACUCGAAAACUCUUUGGAAACUCUAAUUUUAAAAUCGAACAAGUUCUCCACCAUUCCAACACAGAGUUUAAAACGUCUCGGUAAGUUGAAGGUACUGAAUUUCGACAACAACCCGGGUCUGGUGGCCAUCAACGGGUCGGACUUCCAGGGACUUUCGCAGCUGGAGACGCUGUCGCUCAAAAAAUGCUCUAUUGCAUGCCUGCACGAAGGAAGUUUCGUUGGACUGGACAACCUUAGGGAACUCGUCCUUUACAAUAAUGACUUGAAGGAAAUUUCUUCCACCUUGUUUCUACCUCUAACAAGCUUGCAGGAAUUAGAUCUAGGGUUUAACCUGGACCUGGAUCACAUGCCAGCACGCGCGUUCCGCCAUAUUACCAGCCUGAGUUUGAGCAUGAACAACUUCUCGUCAGAUGACAGUUUCGACCCGGCGGCGUUUGCGGACGUCAGUGACAGCCUGGAACUUUUGAAGCUUGAUCACUGCCGGAUGAAAGCCGUGCCUAGCAGAGCACUCAAACAGCUGACAUCACUUAAACAGUUAAAUUUGAACGGGAAUCAAAUCCGGAGGAUCGAGGCUGAAGACCUUUCCGGGUUGUCCAGUUUGGAACAUCUCACGUUGGACGACAACCGCCACCUGCAUCUGGCGCUCCACGGCCUCUCUAAAGUCGCCGGAACUCUCAAGUACCUGAGCAUGCGCGAUAUGAACCUCAAAGCAAUCCCGCUUGAACCUUUACAGGAUCUGCUCGCUUUGGAGUGGCUAGAUGUGUCCGAAAAUAGCUUCGAAUCGUUAGGUCCGGGUGCUUUGGAAGGAAUUUGUGCGACACGAUUCGAGAUCACUCAUUCUCACCUUCAAAGAAUCUCGAAAGAAGCGUUCAGGAACACCCCCAACAACCUUCGCCUGAAUCUAAAGGGGAACGUCAUCGAUAGCAUGGAGUUUCUCGAACAGCCUUGUAAAUUUGAGGAAGCUGAUGUGGAUGCCAUUUGUGACUGCGCGCUUUAUAAGCUCCUAAAGACGAGAAAGAUUCAACUCAAAGGGAAAUGUCGUCUGCCCCGAGAUCUCGAAGGAAUCACGGUCGAUAGCAAGGCUUACAAGCUCAUUAGUCGAGAGAGGUGUGAAAGGAAUUCGACCAACUUUUGGUCUGAUCACACGCCCAACUGCCCACUAUUCGACCCUUCAGAGACAGGAGAGCUCUCCCCAGCCAGAUGUUCGACGGUGUCUCGUGACGAUGCUGGGGAGACGGGUUUGAAUUCAAGUGUAAAUGUUGCACUGGCUUCCACUUCAUUAACUGGUUUUCUUAACAUGUUUGGCUUCGUAAUUUAUCGCAAUCUGUGCUUAAUCUAACUGCCUACAUACCUGCCAAAUGCUUUUAUAUUUAGUUUUAGAUAGGUUUAUCCUGAAGACAUUCCAGGAAAGAUUACCUGAACAUUUUAUUAUGCAUGCAUCCAUGAGCCUUGGUUUUGUCCUUCAGGUGAACUGUUCCAGAAGAACAAAUGUUCAAACAUUUAUAAAAUAUCAAAUGAUUGUGAGUGUGUGUGGACAUAACAUUAUCAUUGUCUUAUAUUUUCAAACUUAUUAAAACUGUAAAUGAUCUGAAUGAUGAUGGUAAAAAACUGCCAAGUUUUGUUUGGCUUAAUUUCUCUAAAUAAUACCUAAUCUUUUUUUUUCUUGUAUUC